AUGAAUGGAACCUACAACCCAUCCACAAGUAUAUAUUUAUAUUUGUGUUUCACUCAUGUUCAAUUCCACCAGCAGCCUUUCAACUCACAAGCUAUAGGGGCAAGCUUGGGCAAGGUCACUGCCCAACUGUCCCCUGCAAAAGGGUAUUUGGCUUUUGGUCCUGCAAAAGGGCUUUUUUUUGGUCCUGCAAAAGGGCAAUUUCUAAGAGCCAUGGCCACAGAGAUUGACCCCUUGGACAUGCUCAUCAGGCCUCCUCGCAACAGCUUUGAAGAGGUGGAUGCCUACUGGUCCUACCUGGAGUGCACAACACCUCACUGUGGUGGAUGGCUGUGGAGGAGGCACUUGGCAGAUCCCACAUGGGGUUUGAAGUGCUACCACUGCAAUGCUUCUUGGAGGGAAGCAUACUUGCAGUUUGGGUUCAGUCACUGGAACCCAGUGGCCAAAAGAAGGACCAGGCUGGAGCCACAACAGGCAGAAUCUUGCAGGAGCCUGUGCAAGCUCAGCAAGCUCUUGACUGCCCUGGUGGAGGUGUCACCUUCUGCAAAGGUGAAGUACAGGUACCUGAAGCACAGCAUGGUGUACUUGCAGCAGACAUGGGGCUGUGAGCUGCUGUCUGCACACUGGACAUGUGAGAAGGGCUUGCUGGCAGGGAGGGCAGCAGAUGCACUGCUUGUGGUUCUAAACCACUGGAGAAGGUGCACUGCUUCCCCCACAGCAUGGCAAAGGUUUUGCUCCAAGCUGGAUGAAAGCCAAUGCCAGCUGAUGGAGCAGGUGAAAAAGAAGAUGGUGAUUGAGAAGCCAAAGAGAAAGCUGCUGCCAAAUGUGUCAGAUGUGAGCAUGGACUCCAAGGGCUUCCCAGCCAUGACAGCCCAUGGAAAAGAGGAGGAGGAGGAGUCAGAAGAAGAAGAAGAAGAAGAGGAAUAUGAUGAGACAGAGAAGGAAGAUGAGGAUGAGAAGGAGGCUGUGACAAAGAAGGCCAAAAAAAGCGACCUGGAUGCCAUGGAAAGUUCCCCACCACCUGUGGUGAAAAAGGACUGGAGAGCUGCAGCAGGCUGCAACAUAAAGAAGCCUGCCUCCAAGCUGGUGGGCAAGAAGAAGGGGAAGGUGAGUGUUGCAGGCCUUGCAAAAGGGCCUAAAGCAAAGACAGGCCCUGGAAAAGGGCCUAGCAAGUGCAAGGGCACUGAAAAAGUGCUCAUUCACCAGGCUAGCAACACAACCAAGACACACAAGGAAUUGGUGGAACUUUUGCUCCCUGCCUGCAAGAAGGCAAAGGCCACAAAGGCUGAUGUAGGGCCUGGCUUCUGCACACAGCAACUGGGCCUUGUACAAGGGCUCCCACUACAGGCCUUGGAAAGGGGCUUGGACUUGGAAGGUCCUGCAAAAGGGCUGGCAAUGGAACCAAAAGAGGAGCCAGACUGGGAGGCUGAGCAAGUUCCAAGAAGGAACAGGAAGUCUUGGGCUGACCUGGCUGCAGAAGAAAAGAAGGAGCCUGCCAAAAAGGAUGGCAAGCAUGAGCAGAAAAAUGAAUGGUGGGAGGAGGACUGGAAAAAAGGUGGUAAAAAGUGGGAUGACUGGUGGGAAGAAAAAGAGGAGCAAUGGCAAGCAUGGUCCAAAAACAAGAGGUGGGAACCAGAUGGUGAGGAUACAGAAGAGGAGGAAGUGCCUUCCAGCAGCACCCAGAAGAAAAACAAAUGUGGCUCACAGAAAGAAAGGGCCAAGAGAAGGUGGCUCAUGAAAACCUGCAAGAAUGAGAGCCAAGAGGAAAAGGAGAAGCUGAAGCUGGGUGCCUUGGGAGCAUGCAGGCUGAAAAGGCUCCUGGACAGGCAAGAAGACAGGAAAAACAAGCUGGAAGCAGCCCAGCUGGCACAGGCAGCAGCAGCAAAUGCUGCAGCUGCUGCCCAAGCUGCCCAGGCUGCAGCUGCAUCUGCCCAAUGGCAACAAUGGCAGAUGCAGCAGGCCCAGCUGGUGGAAGCCCAAGCCAUGUGGCACCACCAUGCCUACUACCAAGGUCAAGGUGGCCAGCCACACCAAUGGGGCUGGCACCACCAGACCAUGGAGCAGCCUGUGGAGCAGCCCAAGCAGCCAAAGCCACACAGGCACCAGCCAGGACCAGUGGCCACUGGCAGUGCUGCAGCUGGUGCUGGUGCAAAAGGAGGAUCCCAGGGGCCAGCCCCAGCACAGCCUGGGAGAAAAGGCCAAGGCAAGACUGCCAGGCCAAAGAGGGCAACACACCCACCAGCUGACCUGCAUGGCAAGAGGGCUGAAGCUGCAGGGGCACUGGAUGGGAUUGAAGUGAAGGAUGAGGAGUCCUCUGAUGGCUGGCAUGAGGAAACUUCUGUUCAGCAGCAUUUAGGUUUUUUUGGCCUUGAGAGAGGGCUACCCAAGAUGGCACCCAAAAAGGUCAUGAAGGUGCUGAACUUGAAGUUAAAAAGGCCUGCAAGUGCCUUAGACCAGCUGAAGAAAGAUGAAGGAGAGGGAAUGAGCUUGGAAGACAAGAUGGCUGCCUUUCAGAAGAAAGGCAACCAGGAUGUGGGGCAGUUCCUGGACACCCUGACAAAAGGUCAGAGGGAAGCACUGUGGCAGAGGUUCUCCUCUGCCAGAGCCAGCAUGAAGGACAAGGAGUGUGAUAGCCUAUGGCAGGAAGUGGCCAAAGGAAAAGGCAGUGACCCAGCAAAGAAGAAGCUUUUGUGCUGCUUCUUGAAGCUGGGAGGAGACCUGAAGGGGAAAAGGGAGGUGUACCUCCAGGAGCUGGUGUCUUACACCAAAAGCUCUGGUGAAAGGAGCUCAGAGGAGUGGGUGCCUUUUGCUGUGGUGCUGCAGCGGUUUGGCCUCCAUGAGUGCAUGAGAAGGGUAAAGAGAGGCAGCAUAGGUGUCAGAAAAGACCCUGCUGACCCUGCUGAGUGGCAGUUCACCUUGCGGAAAAUAAUCACAUGGACUGAAGAGAAAAGCCAGCAUGAACUAAAAGGUGAAGCAAAGGCCAAAGGAGAAGCCUGUCAGUGGCUGGAGCUCAAAGCCCAAGGCCUUCUGGCAGAUGGGGAAGGGCCUGCUGCAAGCUCCAAGGCUGCCAAAGCUUUGGAGGAUGUGCUGAGCAAAGACAAAAGCAAGUUGGCAAUCAUGGACAAGCAGUCUGGGCAAGCAAGUGAAGAAGAGGCAGCAGCCAGCCCUAAGAAAGAUGAGGAUGAUCAGGUGGUGGAAGCUGACCUUCUCUCUGAGAUGGGAAGCAAAGUUGCUAAGGAAGAGGCCCAAGUGAGGGUGAAGAGAAUGAUGAAGCUCCUGAAAGGAGUGAAGAAGGAGGUUGGUGCAGCAAAGGCUAAGUCUUUGGACCUGUGCCUGGCUGACCUUCAGAAGCUGGACAAGAAAGGGAAAAAGGUCAGCCUGGAAGAAGCCAAAGGGAAGCUGUUUGAUGCUGCCCUGCAGAUCAAGAAGGAGCCCACUGCAGAGGAGCAUUUGAGCCCUCUUGGCCUAGGACUUCUGGAGCAAUUUGCACAUGGGAUGUCUGGCCCUUCUGUUCAACACCUUGCUUUGGCUGCUGUGAAGUCUGGUGCUGCAACAGAUGACAUCCAAGUCUUGGCCAGCCUGGGAAACUUUGGCAGGAAUGAAAACCAUGUGGCAGGACAAAUCACUUCAAGGUUUUGCAAAAAUGAUUCCUUGGACCUCCCUGUGCCUUACUGCUUUGAAGCUCCAGUCUUGAAGAAAGGCACAGACAGCUGGUACCUAGCAAAUCAGACUUUGGCAGUGUUCUUGCCCCAUGAGUGGUUCUCUUGGGUGGAACAUCAUGACAAUGUUUCUGGCUUUUCUGGGUUGCAGAGCUUUUGGGAUGAGCAUGAUGCUGCUGAUCCAAAGCUGUGCAAGAAUCCCAUGAAGGGCAGCAGGCACCUGUACCUGCCUCUGGUCAUUCAUGGGGAUGGUGGUCAAUUUCAAAAGUGGGAUUCAAUCACUAUCAUCUCAAUGAGAUCACUCCUAUCAGCUGACAAUGUUGCAUCCAGCCAAAUGCUCCUAGCAGCUAUCCCCAAGGGCUGCCAGCACAAGAGUGAAAACCCAGAUGAAGACACCAUGACAGUGGUUUGGAAAGUGCUUGCUUGGUCAUUCCAGCAUCUCUAUUAUGGCAAAUUUCCAGAAUUUGACCAUUUGGGGAAACCAUGGCCUGCAAAAACAAAGAGGGCAGACCAAAGUGGCUCCCAUCUGUGGACACAGAGGGUCAGAGGCUGCUUGUUCUGUGUCACUGCAGAUGGGGAGUUCCUGCAAAAUGAACUCAAGCUGCCUGGGCACAGCCACAACUCCUGCUGCUUUUCUUGCCAAGCAAACAAGAGCGACAUACCUCACAAUGACUUUAGAGCUACAGCAAAGUGGAGAUCUACCUUGACCAAGCCUGGGACACCUCUUCCUGGUGGCCAUCCUCUUGGUGCAGUACCUGGCCUGAAUACAUUCAGUGUCCACUAUGAUACUUUGCACUGCCUGGAAGAAGGGGUGGCAGCACAUGCCCUGGCCAACACCUUCUUUGACCUAGUUGUGAGAGGCCAUGCUGGAGCUGGGACCCAGGAUCAAAACCUCCAGGCUGUCUACAGGCAGAUCAGGCAACAGUACUUGGAACAAGGCAUAGAUGCCAGCCACAGGAUUAAAAAAUUGAGCCUCACAAAUUUUUCAGCCAGGGAGAAGAAGUAUGAAAAGUUUCCUGAUUUAACAGGAUUCAAGGCAAAGCAGAUUCGCUACCUUGUGCCUGUGAUGGCAGAGAUUCUGCAGUUCUACACUGAUGAGGAUGAUGCCUAUAGCCUCCAUAGGCUCCAAUGCUUACAGAACUUGAACAGCAUGUAUGAGCUCAUGGACUGUGGCCUUCACAUGGGCAAGGAGAGCAUCUUGCAGUUCAAAAAAGUUACAGACCUGUGUCUUCUUCACUUUGCAAGGUGUGCAAAGCUGGCUAUGGAAGCUGGGUUGCUCCAAUGGAACCUGAUCCACAAGCACCACCUUGUUGCCCACAUGCCUGCUCAAGCUGCCUAUUUGAACCCAAAGCUGGUCUCAACAUACUCAGGUGAAACAAUGGUGGGAUUUAUGGCCAGCCUGGCCCAUGCCUGUCUGAAUGGAAGUCCUCCCCACUUGGUACCUGAAAAAGUCCUGUGGAGGUUCAGGUUGGGAAUGUGGCUGAAAUACAUCCAUGGAUCAGAAACUUUGGAGUCUGAGAGCAGCAGUGGUGAGUAG